CGCCCGAACACAUGGUGUAAGAAAAUACAACGAAAAUGCAGUACAACAAUUCGUUUUGUAUGAAUAAGUGUUGUCGAAUGAAGUCGAAAAAUACAAUUGUUUACUUAUGCCUUUUUGCGAUAAUUCAACGCAAAAACAACUUCAGCUACCGUACAACGUAUUGCCAGUAAAAUAGUUUAGUUUUAGUUACACCAUAGCAUAUGAAAGAUUUGGGUGCUCCUAUAGUUCAGUUAAAAAUAUAAAAUAACAAUGAUUGCAAACAUUUGUGCAUUUUUUUUGUAUUGUUUUGCUAUAACGUCGAAUAUAAAACCAAUCGAGUCAGCAGGUAACCGCAAGGUCUCUCCUAUAUUAUAUUUUCCGCUAUAUAAUGAGUUGUAUGUACAUACCAUAAAUCACUUAAAAACCUUCAAAGAAGUUCCAAUUAUUUUUCAAACUAAAGAAAAGGAUAUUCUGUUUAAAUCUUGUGCCAAUGAUGAAGAUAUACAAUUUAAAAUCGAAUCUCUGGUUAAAUUUGAGAACAAAAUUCAAGAUGUCCAAUGUAGUUUUUGGGUUAUUACACAAUUUAACAUAUUAACUAUGAAAAAAAUAGUUGAUGAGGUUAAAAGAGGAGAAUAUAUAUUCUUUCAUAACCCGAAUACUGUAAAACGUCUCCAAAUGGAAGCCAACACUAUGCUACAAGUUUUAAUAAGGUCAAAUUUUGAAAGUGAAAAAUGGCCAUGGACAAUUUUUUUGAAAACCUUUGCUUUCAGUCAAUACGGUGACAAUAAACCUUUUAUCGGAGAAAACCCAUUCGAAGACGACCAACUGCUCACCGGUGUUUCAGAUGUCAUCGAAAAUUGUGUGGCUGAUAAAAACCUUCCUCCGACUGUGUCUGAAUCCGAUUUCAUUUCGAAAAAUAUGAGAACAUACAAUUCUAUUUUCCACCAUCUACAAUAUUUUGUAAUGAAUGAAGAUGUUUUCAAAGGCCGUGUUUUGGAAAUGAUUGAAUUUGUAUACCUCAAACCGUUUUGGAACGACAAUCAAUUACUGUUCAAAGAAAUUGAAGAAGUCAAAGUCGAUUGGAGCGCAGUUAAACAACAAUUUGAGCUCGAGAUGGCAAUUACUAAAGAGUUUUUGGAUAAUCGCACUUGGAUAUACCAACCACACGGACGCCUCGAUCAUCAAGACAUGUUGGUCAAAAUUGUCGAUGCCAGAAUUUAUUGUUAUCUUGCGGUUGUGUUGCAUGUCUAUGAACAACAGUUAUUCAUGCUCGACGUAGAGGUGCUUACACGCAUCAAAGACCGUAUUAAUAACGUUGUCCUCGAAGCAUUGAAAUUAACGGCGUACAAAGAUGAUUUUCUUGGGGUUAUUUCGUCAGAACUCGAGUCUGGAGAAACAAGUGGCGUCGAUCACAUAAGUGACAUUUCAGCAAGAGUGCGGACAAAGGCCAACGGGACGUUAAAUGAUUUAAACGGUGCCAGUUCAAAUGAAAUCGAUCUGCUCAGUUUCAACGUUGACGAAGACCAACUGUUACCGGCGAUAUGAUAAUAAAAAUCAUCAAUGAUUUCCAAGACUAUUUAAUCGAAUUUACACGUUUCUUGCCGUUCGAUUAUAAAGUGUUUUUGAAUUUUGUAGGUGUAUAUCCGUGUUCUCGCCUUCUUAGCCGUUCUACACUAUUUUAGUUUAAUUUAUUUCAACAUACUUUUGGAUUAGAAAUAUAGUUAUGUUCAUUCCUUAUUUUUACUAAGCAUAGUAAAAUUUCAAAACAUUUUCCUAAACGGUAUUUUGUUCAUUCAAUGCACUAUAGGACGUAUUGUAAGAUAUAUU